AUGCCAAAUUGGGGAGCCAAGUGUGCGGCCUGUGAGAAGACGGUUUACCAUGCUGAGGAGAUCCAGUGCAAUAGCCGGAGCUUCCACAAAACCUGCUUCAUCUGCAUGGAUUGUCAUAAAGGUUUGGACAGCACUACAGUCGCAGCACAAAUUUACUGCAAAUCCUGCUACUGCAAGAAAUAUGGUCCAAAAGGUUAUGGGCAUGGCCAGGGCGCCGGAGCCUUGAGUUCUGACCCCAUCAAUAAUGAAGAACCUCAGCAUCAAGAGCCCAAAGCUCCCAGUCUUGCAUCUGCUAACUCAAACCCAAACAAGUUUGCAAAGAAGUUUGGGAGCACAGAUCGCUGUCCUCACUGCUCUAAAGUGGUUUAUGCAACAGAGAAAGUUAUGGGCGCUGGAAAGCACUUCUGCAAUAUGCUGCUGUCACAGGUCAGCGCUGUGUAA